AAUAAUGUAUAAAUAAUAAUGCAGUCAAUUAUCUUUUUUAAUUUAGUGUUAUAGGAAAAAACUAUCAGAUUAUAUAUUUUUCUUGUAAUAAAGUAACAAAAAUGAAUAGUAAUAAUAAUUAUAGGUGAAAUGGGCUUAGGUUUUCUUGCUGUAUAAUAAUUCUGUACCAUUAAGUAGUUUAUUUUAGAUAAGUAUAUAAUAAUGUUAGCAAAUUUUCUCAGUGAAAAAAAAAAAUACUAUAAGAGUAAUUUAUAAGUAGUUUUAAAAUUUCAUUCUGCAAUGCAAGAUCACAUAUUUUUUGCAGAAGACAAUACCUACCACGCAGAAGAAUUUAUUCAAGAUACUAUCCAAACUCAAGCGACAAAUUCUGAUUCAUUUGCUCAGCUUACAAAUGAGUCUGAAGUUAAGAACAGAAAUUUUUCUGAUGCAAUCUCUGAUGAUAAAGAUUAUAACACAAUGUCCAAAAUCAAUGAUUUAUCCCUGAGUCUCAAGAAACAGUGUCAUCCAUACAGUUUAGGUUCUCUUAUUGGCUCGGGGGCCGUAGUGGGAGAUGAUCCCAUGUCUCGUAGUAUGAUAUCAUUGUCAUCAACUUCUAGAGCAAGAAGGAAAACUGACUUAAUGCCAGUAAUGCCUAGGGAUCAAAUCAUCUCUCGUAGUCGUUCUCCAGGUAAUCACGGAAAGCGUGCUGUGAGCAUGACGCGACUUGAUCAACUAGCACAACCACGCCGUCGAUACGUCGAGGCCUCCAAAGAGAGUGCCACGGGUAUAAACAACUUAAUUCCUGUUGAUGGCCCUCGCACAACUCCACCAAGUAUGAGCAAAAGCAUGCAUAACAUUUCCAAUCAUUUUCUUUCAAUUCAUUUUAAUAAGCAAUAUCCUAAUAAUAACAGUAAUGCACUUGGUAGUGGGAUGUCUAAAAGCAUGACACAUUUGGCUGUUCGUUCCCAGCUUGCUAGUAAAUCUCAGUCUGCUUUAUCUCGACCUCCCCGCACUAAUUUAGCCUCUCCUACCCUUACUAAUAAGCCUCCUAAUCAAAGCAUGAGAAAAUCAGCCAUCACAACCCGUGCCACUAGAACCUCUCGCCUGAGAACUGAACCUCUUACAAGUGUUAGCCAGAAAAGACAAGGUUCCUCGGUGAUGAACAAGACUACUGGGUCUGAUUCUGAAAGGCUAUUGCUGUCAGCAGCAUCAACGAAAGAUGUACCGUCUCGACCACGUAGCUCAAUGUCUGCAACUUCGGAACAAUCAAUAGCAUCUAGCCAAGCAUCGGUAACGAGUGUAAAAAUGAGAACUGGUCCAAAACGACAGCGACCAGUAAGUAUUGGAGGCGUUCCUUCUGUUCUUUUGCCAAAUGUGGAUCAGCAACAAAAUCGAAAAGGACGAAGUAUAGAAAGAAAAGCUAUUACUCCAAAUGCAAAGCACAUUCGUGCUAAAAGCUGUGAAAAAACAGAUGAAAAUAAAUCUCAGACACCUGUAAUUCGAAAACCGGCAGCCAGUCAAAAAGUUUCAAAAGUGAAACAGGUUUCUGCUGAUACUAAUGUAGCUCAAAACAAUCAAACUGUACAACCAGAAGCUGAAGAUUUGCAAAAAUCUGAAAAUAAUAAAGAAAAUACUCCAGAAACUGCAUCCAGUCCAUUAUCUCAUACGAAAUCACGAAUUACUUCAGAAGAAGAAGCUAAAGCAGCUAUAGCAGAAAAACGACGCAUUGCUCGUGAACAAGCUGAAAGAGAAGCAGAAUUGGAAAGACAAAGACUUGAAAAAAUCAGACAAGAAGAAGAAGAAUUAAAAAGAAAAGAGGAGGAAGAACAGAAGAGAUUUGAAGAAGAACAGAUCAAAUUAGCAGAAAUACAUAGACUUCAAGAAGAGGAAAAAUUAAGAAAAGCUAUUGAAGAACAGGAACAGCGUGAAAAAGAAGAAAGAGAACGACAGGAAGAAGAAAUGAGAUUGAGACUUGAAAAAGAGGAAAUGGAACGAAAAGCUAGAGAAGAAGCAGAAAGACAACGAUUAGAAUUAGAAGAACGCCUGAAAAAAGAAGAGGCUGAGAGAGCUGAAAGAAAAAGGCGAGUGGAACAGAUAAUGAGUAGAACCAGAAAGAUAGGUGCUCCAUCUGAAGCUAAAGAAACUUCUCAGACAAACAAACUUUCUUCUCCUGAAGAAGAAGAAGAAGAAGAAGAAGAAAAACCUCUCCCUGCUAGUAGUCAAGAAACUACAGUAGGAGAUAAUCUAGAGGUUAAAUCAAGUGAUAAUUCCAGUGCACAAUCUUCUAUACAGUCGGAUAUUAUAGAUGCAUUUGUGCCAAGUAACGUUUCUUCUUUAAACGGUGGGAUACAAGAAGAAUUUAAAAUUUUCAAUCCAUUUGUCGAACAGUCAUUUUCUCAAGGAAACUAUUUGUUUAACGGCGAAAAGACUAUCGACAAUAAUGAAAAAGAGAAUCAUCUCAAUACGUCGGAAUUUUCUAUGAAAGAAAGUGAUUCCGGUGUAAUUCUAACUGACAAUUCUCCAAAUAGGACUACUAAAUUAGAUGCUGUUUCUCAGCCUAACGGAUACAACCACCAAGAUGAAGAUAAAAGUUUCACAGAUAGCAUUAGUCCGGAAGAAAAGUCUGAAGUAUCCGUCGACGUACUGCUUGACUUCGGAACCAUUCCCUCUUCUUCCGAAUUACAAAGUACGGCUCCGAAUUCGAUUCCGACGACAGAAUUCGAUCAGUUAAUAGACAUUAGCAUUGACACAUCUAACCAGAGUGAAGCAAAUCUUGUACAUAAAUCAGACGAAGUAAAUAUAAACAGAAUUCCGGGAAACCCAUUUAUUGCAUUUGAAGAUAGCAUUCCAAGAAAACAAGAAAAUUCAUUAACAGAUUUGCUUUCAUAACAGUAAAUAAGUAAACUGGAAAAAAAAAAUAAAUUGGAAAGUGACUCUUAUUUGAAAAAAAGGAGAGACUUUAAUGAUGCUUCCAUGGUAUUUGUUAAAAAAAAAAAACACUUCUAUUUGGAUGGAAAAGAAUAUUUGCAAUAGAAAAAUCGAAUAAUUGUAGAUAAUAGCUAAAAUUCUCUUCAUCAUCAAUUCCAUAAAUACGAAGACAGUUUGUCAUACAAAUUGUCCGUAAUCAAUGUCAGUGCGUGAUCAUUUUUUAUGCAUGUUGCAUGCCAAACAAAGCUGCUUCUUUGUUUUAAAUUUAGCUAUGGCAGUAAUGUUGCAAUAAUUAAAACAUUUUAAACUAGAAUAUAUGUAUAUAUAUAGGAUACUCUUAUGUAUAACGAUUAUUAUUAUAAUUAUAAUUAUUAUUAUUAUUCGGAAUUCUUGAAUGUAAAUUAUUAUAGGAAAUUUAUUGGUAUUAUUGUCGUUAUCUUAAUAAACAAUUUUACGCAUUGCAUUCAACCGUUAAAUCUCACCAGGCUUAUAGGAAUAACAUGGUCGUAAAUAUCUUACUAAAGCUCCGGCCGAAGAGACGGUGUAUGUUCUGACCACAUCCAGACAUCAUAACGGAAUUUAUGGUCUUUUGUGUAUAGAAAAUAAAAACUCUGGAAUGAC